UCUGUGGAGUGAAUUUGAUCCUUCGCUUUCCUCCACAAAGUUUGCUGUGGAAGGAAAGUUGUAGAACAGACUCGAGCAGGGUGGGAGGGUGGAUGGGUGAGAGUGAGGGGAAGAAAAAAGGGGAUCAGUUAUCUAGCCUGCCAAAGAGAGACGUAGGCGACAUUAAGAGACAGAGACGGGAGCUAGAGAAGAGAACUAAAAAUCCAGUAAGAGAGUAGCAACAGGAGACAGCAGUGAAAAUGGCCCAACGUCUGCGUCUGUACUUUGGCUCAGGCCGCAGUAACACAGCCCCAGAAAUACUGGAAGGAGACUCUGAGGAGCAGCAGAACGACAGCGAUGUUGCCAUGACUUUCCACAUGCAGCCACGUCCAGUAUCGAGGCCAUUUCAAGACUCGGCAACGCAACAGGUUCCACAUAGGUUUUUUGGUUUUCGUUCAGAGCCGCUUAAACGGAGUUCCUCCAUGUUUAUUCCCCAGCUCACCCCUUCUGUUGAACCGCGGCCCACCAAGAGCUCCUCUGUGCAGAUUUCCCUCCAGCGCUCCAGUGGAUCAGACAAUGGAGAUUCAAGCAGACACGCUGAUGAUACUCCACCACCCUGUUAUACUCCUCAAGAGCCUGCGCCUGCCUAUACUGAACCACAUAUCCAAGAUUUUCCAAGGCAGCCACCUCCUCCAUACUACAGCCCAGAUCCUUCGAACUCGUACAUUUUCCAUGCAGAGCUGAACCAGCCCAAACGCAGGGUCUUUAAUAUUGGUUCAAAUGGUUAUAACAGAGCUCAACCUGCUGCUGGUGGAAUCUGCAUUCAGAGGAACUCUUUAGACGGCUCUGACCUAAAGCAUUUCAGAAUUCUUCCUUGCGGUGCAACCAGCUGGUCGGUACAGCAGCAAAGUUUGGACCAGUGCUCUGGAGUUAAUGGUAGAACACAGAGACUAGUGUUUCAGCUCCAGCAGAACUUGAACCAGGAUGAGAGCCAAGGCAGGCAACAGGCUGCUUCAUCCCAGGAAGAAUGUACUGAUGUUGAUUUAGCCAGCACAAAUGAUAGCCACAUGGUGCGUUACCCCAGAAUCCGACUGGAGAAAGGCUUACCUCACCGGACUCUCUCCCUGGAGAAUCAAAACAAGGAAACCUGCGCAGAUGGCUGUUCUCUGGAGGAGAACCAGGUAGACAUGGACACCCAGAGAAUGGAAGCUGGAAACAGAUCAAAAGGUUGUACUUUCACAAUCAGCAGGGGCACUCACAGAAGACAACCUAGAUUCAAGAUAUACUUGACCUCGGGUGGAGGUGGAGAUGAAGAUGACAGUUGUGGUAAUGAUUUGAUGAGCUAUAGAAAGGUUUCAACAAAGAACGGGCUUUUCCAUUUUGGACAGACCAGAGAUGAUUUCCUGGGACAAGUUGAUGUUCCUCUCAGUCAUUUGCCGACGGAGGACCCUGCAAUGGAGCGUCCUUACACAUUUAAAGACUUCCUCUUACGGCCCAGAAGUCAUAAAUCCAGGGUGAAGGGUUACCUGCGUCUCAAGAUGGCCUAUCUGCCGAAACAAGAUGGACAUGAAGAGGCUGGAGAGAUGAGGGAGGAGGCAGAGGUUUGGGAUGAGUCUGUGGAUUCUGGUUCCCAGCGAGCCCAGCAUCUUUUGCCCCCUUUGCCCCCAGGCUGGGAAGAGAAAGUGGACAACCUGGGACGUACCUACUUUGUCAACCACAAUAACCGAAGCACACAGUGGAAACGGCCCUCGAGCAUAGAUGUAAUUUCAGAGACUGAGAAUGACAACCAACAGCGGCAGAUUAACCAGGAAGCCCACCGCGUUUUCCGUUCAAGACGCCACAUCAGUGAAGACCUAGAAAACGAGCACCUGGAGCACAGGGAAAUGAACAAUUCCUGGGAGCUUAUUACAGAAGAGGAGCCUAACGACAGUUCUCUGCUCGGCCCAUCCUCUGUGGUGACACCGCAGCACCCUUCAACACCAGUCAGCCAGGAAUUCUCUGAAGAUUUAAGUUUGCUGCUGUCGCUCACGGCAGAUACCAACGGAGAAAUCCCAGGACCCAGCUCCGAUUUGAGCCAACUGUCAACCAGACUUCGCUCAUCCAGUAUGACUGAUGGUGUUAGUGAUCAGGCCCAGGCUCCUCCUCUGAUGCAGAAUUUCCAGACCAGAAGACUGAGAGCUCAAACAAUCACAGGUGGUGAGGAGCCUAUGUCUCCAUCGGCGACUCCUUUCGCCUUGACCACAGCUGGCCUGCCCGCUGGAUGGGAGGAGAGGAAGGACACCAAGGGAAGAACUUACUACGUCAACCACAACAACCGCACCACUACUUGGACUAGGCCAAUCGUGCAGCUGACUGAAGAUGGAGCCAGCACCUCUGCAGCAGGAGCAGGAUUAGCCUCAGCUUUGCCACCUGCACCCGCCACCUCCUCCUCCGCCUCCAGCAACCACCUCCAUGAGCCCCAGGUCCGACGACCUCGUAGCCUCAGCUCCCCUACUGUCACCCUUUCCACCCCCUUGGAGGGAGCCAACAAUGUCCAGGUGCGGAGGGCAGUGAAGGACACGUUAUCCAACCCACAGUCUCCUCAACCUUCUCCCUAUAGCUCACCCAAAUCACAGCACAAGGCACAGCAGAGCUUCUUGCCCCCAGGCUGGGAGAUGAGGAUAGCGCCCAAUGGGCGGCCAUUUUUCAUUGACCACAACAGCAGAACCACCACCUGGGAGGAUCCCAGAUUAAAAUAUCCUGUUCAUAUGAGGCACAAGAACUCCAUGGAGCCAGGAGACCUUGGUCCUCUUCCUAACCUACCAGAGGAGCCUGGUUGGGAAGAAAGAGUUCACACAGAUGGACGCACCUUCUACAUUGACCACAAUACAAAGAACACACAGUGGGAGGACCCCCGCCUGCAGAGUCCAGCUAUCACCGGACCUGCUGUCCCUUAUUCCAGAGAGUUCAAACAGAAAUAUGACUACUUCAGGAAGAAAUUAAAGAAACCGGCUGACAUUCCAAACCGAUUUGAGAUGAAGCUACACAGAAACAACAUCUUUGAAGAGUCGUACCGCCGGAUCAUGUCCUUGAAGAGGCCCGAUAUCCUGAAGGCACGGCUGUGGAUUGAGUUUGAGUCGGAGAAAGGUUUGGACUACGGCGGUGUGGCCAGAGAGUGGUUCUUCCUCCUGUCCAAGGAGAUGUUCAACCCUUACUAUGGCCUGUUUGAAUACUCAGCUACAGACAAUUACACACUUCAAAUCAAUCCCAACUCUGGUUUGUGCAACGAAGACCACCUUUCCUAUUUCAAGUUCAUUGGGCGUGUGGCAGGAAUGGCUGUGUUUCAUGGGAAACUGUUGGAUGGUUUUUUCAUUCGACCCUUCUACAAGAUGAUGCUGGGAAAACAGAUCUCGCUAAAAGACAUGGAGUCUGUGGACAGUGAAUACUACAACUCUCUCAAGUGGAUUCUUGAGAAUGACCCAACUGAGCUGGACCUAAGGUUCUGCAUUGAUGAGGACAACUUUGGACAGACGUACCAGGUUGACUUAAAGCCCAGUGGUUCAGACAUGGUGGUCACCAAUGAGAACAAAAAAGAAUAUAUCGACCUUGUCAUCCAGUGGAGGUUUGUCAAUCGGGUCCAGAAACAGAUGAAUGCUUUCUUGGAGGGCUUCACUGAGCUCAUUCUCAUAGAUCUGAUCAAGAUAUUUGAUGAAAACGAGCUGGAGCUGCUCAUGUGCGGUCUGGGUGAUGUCGAUGUCAACGACUGGAGACAACACACAGUUUACAAGAAUGGCUACUGUCCAAAUCAUCCUGUCAUACAAUGGUUCUGGAAGGUUGUCCUACUGAUGGAUGCUGAGAAAAGGAUUCGACUUCUCCAGUUUGUCACCGGAACGUCAAGAGUGCCCAUGAAUGGCUUUGCUGAGCUUUACGGUUCUAAUGGUCCACAACUGUUUACAAUCGAACAGUGGGGAACCCCAGACAAAUUGCCAAGAGCUCACACUUGUUUCAAUCGCUUAGAUCUUCCAACCUACGAAACAUUUGAGGACCUCAGAGAGAAACUCCUCCUGGCAGUGGAGAACGCCCAGGGCUUCGAGGGGGUCGACUAAACGGCAAUGCUCGAUUGGAUCCAAACGAACACAAAAACGACAGCCACACGGAUAACAAACCAGCUGCCACAGCAGACGUGAGCAUGUUGUACUGUAACACCUGCUUGCCAGCCGCUUCCACCCGUGGCUGUUUGAGACUGUACAGACAGAGACUGUCCCACCAUGAAGCGCAGGCAUGAAAGAAGGGCAAUAUGGUGCCUCUUCCCCCACUACCCUCAUCCUGUUAAAAUCUGCCGUGCUGGAAAACACUAAUGCAGUUCAGUUUCUCGUCUCUCUACAUGACACUACAGUAUUUGAGCAGCCUUCUCUGAAAGGGACUUAGCAUAGCCUUAAUUUGGCUCCUACAUGGACUAUUUCUGAAAGAACCUGCAGUGGUACUACCAUCUCAAAAUCCUUCGACCAACACCAGAUUACCUUAGGAAUACUAGCCAGUCACAGUUCAGGAAAUUGGCCACACCCAACAAUAGAACUGUCUACAUUGUAAUCAGUUACUGCCUUUUGUCUUUUUUUUUAAGCCACAGUAAGGAUGGGAUUUACAGAUGGGGAUGAGAUGAUUUUAUAGUGGGUUUUUUUUGUGUUUUUUCCAGUGAUCACAAAAUGGGAUUGCAUUAUUAUUAUUAUUAUUAUUAUUUGUUUUGUUUUUUUAAAUAAAUUGGUUAAAUCCUUGCAGGGAAAAAAAUUUGUACAAUUGAACAAUGUUGUUUACUGUUUUGACAAUUCUCUACAUAUGUAAACUGUAAAUCUCGCUAGUCUGGGAAACGACUAAUCCAUAUCAUAUGGUAAUGACAUAUGUGUUGAAUAUGAUUCUUUUCAUUGUAGUGCUAUGAAAACAGCAUGAAACUGUACCUUGUGUUCGCUAUGAUGA